UGAGGAUUUACUGUUGAGACCUGCACUGAACACCUGGGAUCAUUUUGUUUUAAGAGUCAAUUUACAGGAAUAUUCACUCAGAGAUUCAGGAUCUGACAAGCUGUUGACUGCUGUACUUUUCUCCACUGAACUGGAGAUAUCCAAGAGUGUGUGUAAUAUGGGGAAACCUUUAAAUGGUAUAGAUCCUGGAAUCAGACUGAAGGGCUUCCGUUGUGUUUAAACCUGGCAGCAGCAUGCAAACCAAUUGGUAAACCGCCGUGGCCUGUCAAACCCCCACCCUUAUAGCCAAUAUCACCACCAACCCAGCUUUUGGGGGAUUACAGACACUUCCACUCUGACAACCUGCACCAAACAGAAUGGAUUUCAUCCUACCCAUAAGAAAUCAAGACCUGAUAGCAUAUUCCAGCUCACCACCUCGCCUGGGCCCUCAAAGUAGGAGUACCAUGCACUUGUACCAUGGUGUCAAGAGAAAGCUACGGCCUGGACGGAUUUUGGGCUUUAUCAUCAGCCUGGUGGUUGUCUGCACAGUCUGUUCAUGGAGUGCCUUGAUGCUGGCCAAAUCAGUGACCACUCAGGUAGAUUCAGCUGCUGAACGCUCAGCUGAGGGAGCAAUGCCCCAAAGAACUCUUCUGCAGUACCGGAACCUUUCAGCGGCACCAGAGGAUACACCGGUGGCCAUGAAAUCCUCCAGUAUAGAGCUGAAUCAUGGGGACUACCCAACGGACUAUUUCAGUGUGGAGGACAGGCGCCAGGGCUACGUAGUGCUUCAUAUGUUUGGCAUGUUGUACAUGUUCAUAGCUUUAGCCCUUGUCUGUGAUGAGUUCUUUGUUCCUGCACUCACGGUCAUCACAGAGAAGCUGGAGAUCUCUGAUGAUGUAGCAGGAGCCACCUUUAUGGCUGCAGGUGGGUCUGCCCCAGAACUCUUCACAUCUGUUAUAGGAGUCUUCAUCUCCCACAGCAAUGUGGGUAUUGGUACCAUUGUGGGAUCGGCUGUCUUCAACAUCCUAUUUGUAAUUGGGAUGUGCGCCUUGUUCUCCAAAGAGGUGCUGAAUCUCACCUGGUGGCCUCUGUUCAGAGAUGUCUCAUUCUAUAUUGUUGGCUUGCUCAUGCUCAUCUAUUUCUUUUUGGAUAAUCAAAUUGUGUUGGCAGAAAGUGUUAGUCUGCUGCUAUUCUACACCUUCUAUGUGACUUUCAUGAAGUUCAAUGCCAAAUGCGAAUUGAUCAUCAGAAGCAUUUUUGGCAGUAACCAGGUGGACGAGCUGGAGAAUGCACAGAAGGUAAAUGCCCCAAGUGAUGAUGAGAACAAGCUUACGGCGAAACCCAGGCUGCAGAGGGAAGGCAGCUGUGCUUCUCUACACAACUCGCUGAUGAGAAACAGCAUCUUCCAGCUCAUGAUACACACACUGGAUCCCCUCAGUAAUGAGGGACAAUUUAAAGAGAAGGCUUCAAUCCUUCACAAAAUGGCCAAGAAGAAGUGUAAAGAAGAUGGUGCCACUGCCAACGGAGUAGCUGAUAAAAAGAUCACAAACAGUACAAAUGUUGCAGUGGAAGUUACACCACCAAUGAAUGGUGCUGCAGGAGGAGAUGAGGAUGGUGAGGAAGAUGAAGAUGAAGACAAGCCUUUGAGCCUGGCAUGGCCUGACACUCCCAGGAAACAAAUCACCUACGUCUUGAUCCUGCCAAUCAUCCUCCCUCUCUGGCUCACGCUACCUGAUGUCAGGAGAGAGACCUCAGAAAGGUUCUUCCCGGUCACUUUCCUCGGCUCCAUCUUUUGGAUUGCGUUCUUUUCCUACCUGAUGGUGUGGUGGGCUCAUCAGGUUGGAGAAACUUUCUGGAUCACAGAAGAAAUCAUGGGUUUGACAAUAUUAGCAGCUGGCACUUCAAUUCCUGACUUGAUCACCAGUGUGAUUGUAGCUCGAAAGGGCCUCGGUGACAUGGCUGUGUCCAGCUCAGUGGGCUCCAACAUCUUUGACAUCACUGUGGGUCUGCCAUUCCCCUGGCUCAUUUUCAACAUUAUCAAUGACUUCAAGCCAGUGGAGGUGAGCAGCAAUGGCCUGUUCUGCGCCAUCGUCCUUCUCUUCCUCAUGCUGCUGUUUGUCAUCAUGUCCAUUGCCGCUUGCAAGUGGAGAAUGAGCAAGAGUCUGGGCUUUCUUAUGUUUUUGCUGUACUUUGUUUUCCUCGUUGUCAGUGUCAUGCUGGAGGACAGAAUUAUUGUCUGCCCCGUUACAGUCUGAGGGAGGGACUCUGGUUAACUGCUGGUCAAACAGCAGAAAUUAAGCAUAACACCACAUAUUGACCAUUACAUAAAACAAACAUAUACACACUGUCACUCAAUAUGCACACAGUAGAGGUCUGCAUAGCCACUGUCCACACACAGACAUACAGGUUUGCACCCACACACACACGCGCGCGCACACACACACCCACACACACACGCACACGGUUGUUGAUGUCAGCUAGGCAGAAGCCGUGACAUAAAUCAAUCUUGCAAAUUCAGGCUGGUGCAUCCGUGGAAAACAGACCUGUGCUUCUUUUAUGGAUUUCAUGCCAUCGAAUAAGAAGAAUUCUCUUUCUCCGACAUGACUGCAAGCAGUUUCUGUUGUUGGCUGAAACAUGCUGAAAAUAAUUGAUGGUCAGUGAAGAAAAAAGCCAGAUUGAAAUGUCAGUCAGAAGAAAUCUUCAGCUGUUUUUGGUUUGUUGAUGAAGAUGUCUCAACCCAAGUAUGAGACAUCAUUACUCUUACAAGCAGAUAUUUAGUAUAUAAGAUCAUUAUGAGGGUGAUGUCCAAUACUCCAUGUACUUUGCUACAUCAGAGAAAUGUUAUGUGUUUUUAAAUACAUUUUGACAUUUGGGGUCAUAUUUGGCAGAAUUGCUACCCAUCCACUGAAAUCUAUUGUAGCACAUAUCAAAUACUAAAUAGUUGCUGUACAUGGAUAAAACUGGCUAAGGUUGUCAGUACUGCCUAAAUAUGUAUAUCCCAACUAUCUAUAACGAGCUUGUGAACAUGACUUCUUCGGUUCUGGCUGCCUUUACAUUGCAUGACUUUAGUGAAGGGUUGAUUCCCAGAGAUGCAGUUUGGACAACGAGUGCUGGACUAAAGAUUAACAGAGGUUGUUUUAUUUUACUUGUUAAACUUCAAGGUUAUUUUUCAACUUAUAUGUUCCUGAAAAAAGAGUGUUCAAUAUAAGCGAUAUCACUGCUUUUCAUCUGUAUUAUUUUGAUGUAAAACAACUAAUGUACUGUAAAAGAUAACACAGAUUUGUGUUAUUUCUGUUAGACUUACAGGUUGUAAGCCAUUGUUCAGUUAGUGACAUAACACUGAGUAAAAAGCAUGGAAUUUUACAUCCCUAGUAGUAGUAAGAAAACACAGUACAAUGUUUC